GGACAGAAGAACAAGGGACGCCACACGGCCGGCAGGCGGACCCAGCGCCAGCGCGCCGAUCAGCAACGACACCGCUGCGAUGCAGGAACGGAUCCAGAGACAGCAUUGGUGGAUCGUCGUCUGGGCGGGCACUCUGCUGCUGGUCUACAAUCACGUUCAGAGCAGAUACAUCCAAUCGUUUGCUGGCCCGUACAUUAUAUUUCUGCGCUCGGUCACAUCGUGUCCCGCGAACGGCUCGGUAGACUUCCACUUGCGUGUGACGCAUUUCAAGCCCGCAAGACCUUUCGACCUGCAGAUCGUUACAGUUAAUUUGUCACUGGGAAUUGACGUUGCAGACAAUUUUUGGGUGUUGUCCCCGGGACUUGCGGAACGUGCUCGACGGAAGCCUGACGGUCAUACUUUACGUGUGCACGCUCAUCCAAGCGCUACCCAGCCGAGCAGCCUUAUCUCUCAGCGACGACUCCGAGCGAACUGCACAACGCCGGCCACAAUUUCGGAGGUCCCGAAAAUGGCUCACCGAUGCGCCGUGUGCGCCAAGGAGUUCCGUUAUAGGUCAGUGCUGACUGCGCAUCUCCGCUGCCACACCGGGGAGAAGCCUUUCGAAUGUUGGGUCUGCGACAAGAAGUUAAGUCAAGCUGGACACUUAAGAACGCACCUCCGCACCCACACUGGUGACAACCGUUUCGAAUGUGCUGUCUGCAACAAGAAGUUUCUUCAUGGUGGAAACCUGAAAUCGCACCUCCGCGCCCACACGGGUGAGAAGCCAUUCGAGUGUUCGGUCUGCAAUAAGAAAUUCAGUCAUACUGGGCUCCUUAGAUGUCACCUCCGAACUCACACCGGAGAGAAGCCUUUCGAAUGUUCGGUCUGCGACAAGAAGUUUAGUCAAUCUGCACACCUAAGAAAGCACCUCACUACCCACACCGGAGAGAAGCCAUUCGAAUGUUCGGUCUGCAACAAGAAGUUCAGUCGAACUGGGGACCUUAGAUGUCACCUCCGCAUCCACACCGGAGAGAAGUCUUUCGAAUGUUCGGUCUGCGACAAGAAGUUUAGUCAAUCUGCAUACCUAAGGAAGCACCUCCGCACGCACACCGGCGAGAAGCCAUUCGAAUGUUCGGUCUGCAACAAGAAGUUCAGUCAAGCAGCUCACCUUAGACGUCACCUUCGUACCCAUAGAGGCGAGAAGCUAUUUGAGGAAGUUAAAUCGAACUUCACAGCUUAAAAAGCACCUGCGCUCUGACACCGGGGGGAAGUCCAGUGGGUCGAUCUGUUCGGUUAAGUCGAAUCGCGGAGGCAGUCUUAAAAGACACAUCUGCAUUCACAGCAGGAGUAUUGCGAGUCAGUGGCUCGUUAGUCAAGAGAAGUUACUUGAUGGUGUUUUUUCUUACAGCAGCGUGCAAAUCAUGUUGUGGAAGGUCUUGUUUAGACAGAUUCUUAAAGUACAAGACUUGUUAAAAGCUUUUAUGCUCGCGCUUUACACGUUACUUGAUCAUUCUUAACAGUUAGUUGGCAAUGUGUUGAGGUUUCGUAAGUAUUGCACUGGUUUAGAAAGAGCGGUACUAGUUAAGUCCUUAGCUCUUUAAGUUUUUGUAUUCACUGCAUUUUUCCGCUUGUCUUAUUUAUCUCUUGUCCUCUUUACCAGGACGCCUAUUGAUAUUGUUUUGUGUUCGCCUUGUUAUUUUCAGUUGUAUUGUCACCUUACCUGUUUAUUGGUGGCAUUUUUAGACGCUUGACUAACAAAACUGAGUUUCUGUCAACAUUCGUGCAAAUAUUUUACCGCAAAAUAAAUGUUGACACCCAUUGUGAGGAA